UCUUGCAAUCAGAUCCAACAGCUUCCAAGAGUUCCUAGCUCAAGAGAUUGAAUGUUAUCUCUCUCCUUCCCUUCCCUUUCUCCCUUCCCUCCCCCUCCCAUCCCUUCUUCCUUCCUCCCUUCCCUUCUCCCCCUUCCCCCUCCUCUCCCCCUUCCUCCCUUCGCUUCCACUCUUUCUCCCUUCCCUUCCUUCCUCCCUUCCAUCCAUUUUUUCUUCCUUCCUUCCUUCCCUCCCUCCUUUAUUCCUUCCUUCCCUCCCUCCUUUCUUUCCUUCCCUCCUCCCCUUUCCCCCUCCUCCCUUCACUUCCACUUUUCCUCCCUUCCCUUCCUUCCAUCCAUUCGUCCUUCCUUCCUUCUCUCCCUCUCUCCCUCCUUUCUUCCUUUGCUCCUUCAUUCCCACCUCCCCCUUCCCUCUCCUCUCCCCCUUCCUCCAUUCGCUUCCACUCUUCCUCCCUUCCCUUCCUUCUAUUCAUUCUUCCUUCCCUCCUUCCCCUUCCUUCUUUCUUUUCCUUCAUUCGUUCGUUCGUUCCUCCCCUCCUUUCUUUCCUUCCCUCCCUCCUGCGUUCCUCCCUUCCAUCCAUUCUUCCUUCCUUCCAUCCUUUCCUACUUCCUUCCUUCCCUCCUCCCUCUUUCCCCCUUCCUUCCUUCUUUUCCUUCCUUCCUUCCUUCCCUCCCUGCUUCCUUCCUUCCCUGCUUCCUUCCUUCCCUCCUUUCCCCCUUCCUUCCUUCCUUCCUUCCUUCCCUCCCUGCUUCCUUCCUUUCCUUCCUUCCUUCCCUGCUUCCUUCCUUCCCUCCUUCCCUCCCUCCUUUCCCCCUUCCUUCCUCCCUCCCUGCUUCCUUCCUUCCCUGCUUCCUUCCUUCCUUCCUUCCCUCCCUGCUUCCUUCCUUCCCUGCUUCCUUCCUUUCCUGCUUCCUUCCUUCCCUCCCUGCUUCCUUCCUUCCUUCCUUCCUUCCUUCCUUCCUCCUUCUCUCCCCCCUCCCUUCCUCUCCUCUUUCCUUCUUGCCCCAGACUGGCAGAGAGGUGUGAGGGCCUGCUGUGACUCUGGCCCUAGCUGGAAUGCAGAGUAGGGUAGGGGUGUGGAUGUGGGCUGGGGAGAGAGAAAAAAGAGGGGGCUGACUCCGGGUGACCUUGCUGCUCUCACUCGCCUCUUUUUGGAACAGACCUAGGUUCUCUCCGGGGCAGAGCACCAGGUGAUUGACUAGAAAGAGCUCAAUCAGCCUGGCCUCGCUGCACCCUCCCCCAAUGUGCUCCAAGCACAAGAAGGCCUUGGCCUGGGCAGCCCAUGGGGCGUCGGGCUAGCUGAGGCUGUUUGUGGGAUCCCGCAGGGAGGCGGCGCCCCCGCUCUGCCCUCCAGGCCGGGCCGUCCCUCACCUCAGCACGCACUUUCGAGUUAAGAUGGCGGCCUGGAAGCCCAGCAUGCUGAAGAUCACCUGGGUGGUGAGCAGGCAGGAGGCCAUGUGGGUGAAGGUGAGCAUGAACGCGUCCUGGGCGCAGUUGUUCUUGGUGGCACACGAGUACAGGAAGAUGAUGUUGCCGAUGCCCAGCCCCGUGCUGAUGAACAUCUGGGCUCCCGCCUGCCUCCAGACCUUCGUGGAGGUGAUGAGGGACUUCUGCGGGAGGACCAGGGCGGCUGCAGAGCAGGGAAGAGGCCGGCCCCCAGGAAAGGGGGAGGGGUGUCCCGAGCAGGGCCGGGCGGGGGGCUCCCCAGGGACUUUUAGAGGAGUAAGCCUGAGCCCCUGAGGACAGGGGCUCCUCGGACAUCCUUUCUUUAACCCCGGCUGCUGUGGUUCAGCCGUCUCAGGCCUGUCCCGCUCUCUCCGAUCCCAGCCCGGCUUUUCCUGGCGAGGAGACUGGCGGGUUGGCCCUUUCCUUCUCCAGCACAUUUGACAGAUGAGGAAACCGAGGCCAACAGGGUGAAGUGACUUGCUUGGGGUUGUGUAGCUAGUCAGUUUCUGAGGCAGGAUUUGAACUGAGGGCUUCCUGCCUCUAGGCCUGGCACUCUGGCCACCAAGUCAAUAUUUUAACCCUUAUUUAGCCCUUUGACACUAAGGAGUGCAGGGGAUAGUAUCUCCUAUUUUCCAGAAGGGGAAACUGAGGCCCCACUCAGGGCCCAGGGGACUUGCCCAGCCCUUGCAGCCAGGAUGUGAGCCGGGGCCUCACCUUGAUCUGGAUGAAGUGGAGCAUCCCAAAGAUGGAGCCUUCCAGCAGGCAGCUUUGAAUGAGGAAGUACAUGAGGACCACGUAGGGGCCCAGCACGGACAGCCCUGGAGCCAUAUGAAUAGGAUGGAGACCCAAACCACCAAGAGGCAGACCGUGAGGCUGAAGACCAGGCCACCGCCUUCCUCGAUGCUCCCCGUCACCAUCAGGGUCUCCCGGAACCAGAAAUAGAUGGACGGCCUGGUCCGGACACACUCGAGAACUGGGGAGCCAGGCCGGAAGGGGGCGCUCAGGGCGGGAGGGCGUGGCCAGCGGGGCGCGCCCCGCCCCCCGCCCCAGGCCGCUGGCUCACCCUCGCUGGUGCCGUUGGCCCCCACUGGGCACUGGCUCCAGGGCAGCGGGCACAGGAAGGAGUUGCCCAGGUAGAAGAUGCUCCAAGCGAUGACGGCGUUAUAGUAGAGGAGCAGCAUGAAGGAUAUCUGGGGGGGGGGGGGCGGGGCCUCAGCCAGGCUGGGCUCCUCGGCCACCACCCCAGGGAGAGCAGCCCGGAGGGGCCCCAAGCCUCACCAGGCAGGUGGCCAGGUUCAAGCCCCACAUCCGGGGGUGGAUCUGCUUCCAGCCACUGAAAUGCAGGUUCUGCCCCAGAGCCAUCUCCAUGAAUAUCAGGGGGAAGCCCAUGGCGAAAAGCAGGAACACGUAGGAUACAAUGAAGGAACCUGGCCGCCGGAGAAACCGAGGCAAAGGCCCUCUGGCUUCCUUCCUCCCCCUGCCCCAGCCCUGCCCGCUCUGCUCUGCUCCUGGACCGCCCAUCCAGACCCUGCGCUCACCGCCUCCGUUCUCGUGGCACAAGUAAGGGAACCUCCAGAAGGCCGCCAAGCCCACAGAGUGGCCCAGCUGGGCCAGGACGAAGUCGGUCUCGUAGUGCCUGGAGGGCUGGGCCAGCAGGUUUUCCAUGGCCUGUUCCCGGCUCUAACCUAGGACCGGAGCUGAGAGGGACACCCCAAAGGCCCAGAGGGCCUAGAUGAGGGGCCCCAGAGAUCCCGGACCUUGGCCCCUCGUCCGUCGGGAUGGAGAA